AUGAAUGGAACCAAGUACGAGCUGAAACGCUUAAUGGAAAAUGGGGUGACGCCUCUGAAGUUCUCAAAGACGAAGUCGCUCGAGUUCUCGGGCGGUUAUAAAAAAAUGCGCCGGGGUAUUGGUCGGUCGGUGAAAUUGCCUCCCGGCUUUAGUAGCAUACAACCUGUGAUGGGUGGCGAAUACAGCCGAACCAACCUUGCCAUAACGACUCGCCUGUCCGUGGCGGUCGUCUUCCCAGCGCUCUACGACUUGCUUUUUGUAAGCCGCUGCCGAUGCCGUCGCGAUCGAAUUCGAUGUGCUUCGGGACGUCGGCAACGGUGCGAACCUAAUGAACCUUCGCUGCAUACUAAUAGCAUCACUGAAGAUAGCGUGAAUUCAGGACCAAGUCUGUUUGAGGGUGGUCUACAUAGGCAGGCUCGCUGCUGA